AUAGGUUUCAAUGAGAUGUUCGCAGUAUCGAAUACUUUUCUGCGAAAAUUAGGACUAAACAACAUUCAUGCUGUUUUUCGGGGUACACAGGAGAAUAAAAAUGGAGUAAUUUUUCCCUUAACUUCUGCAGCGGCGUUUCUCUUCUUAUUAGGUUUAAUUAAUAAUCUCGUUUACGAAUGGGAUCGUGAUAUGUACAGGGCGUUGGAAACUAUGCCGAUUAUUCUAUCGGCAGUUCUAGCAUGGUUUGGGGGGGUAUUGUUGUACACUUCAUCGAAGAAAAUAAAAGGAUUACUUAGAGACACAAAAGUUUCAUGGACCAAAGAGUUGGCGGAGAAUGUCGAUGAUAUCAUCAUUGACACUGCCAAAAGAAGUAUUUUCUUCACUAUAUUUUAUGCUGUUUUAAUCUUCGCAGUUGCAGCUCUGUACCUUAUUGUACCCUGCGUGCGAAUGAUUAAAAAAUUAGUUACUGCUGAUGGUGACACAUACUUCGAUUUGAAUGUGAGAUUUUUGCCUAUACGAUAUCCAUUCAGCAUUGAUACUAUGCCAACUUAUAUCAUGUGUUCAAUAUUCGAAGUCACUUGUGCGUUCUACAUUGCAACUUCAUAUCUGACUGUCGAUACUCUUUUCCUUCAGUUCACAACAAUUCUUUCUUUAUUACUGCAGACUGCAGGUAAAAAAUUCGGUCAAACAACAUUGGACAACAAUGAUGGAAAGUUCGAUGGGUCAUUACUAAAAAAAUUGGAUCAUAUCGGAAAACAACACAUUGAAUUACUCUCAUAUUGUCGGAGAAUUGAAGAAAUAUUCAACCCAGUCAUAUUUUUAAUGAUGUUGUUUACCAGUGCAAAUCUAUGUGUUUGUGUCAUUUCCCUAGAAUCGGCUUUAUCUGCGCUAGAACUGGUAGAUGCUGUUACAUUUCUGAUGCACUUCGCUGCUGUCAUUCUGCAGCCGUUUAUGUACUGCAAUUCUGCUGAGGAUAUUUCCCAAUGGACGAGUAAUAUAGCCACAACAAUCUACACUUGUCAGUGGCCGGAUCAGAAUAAGAAAUUCAAGAAUAUAGUACUGCUCGUAAUAAUGAGAUCUCAACGUAAUUAUGAAUUUGGACAAUAUGGAUUGUUUAAAGUGAAUCGACAUCUACUGACUCAGUUGGUGCAUACAGCAGGCAAUUUCUUCAUGUUAUUACGGAAAGCAAAUACUUGA